CGACCGCAAUCACAACAUAUGGACAGCGAGAAGUCUUCUGAUGCCGCUCCUGCCAUGGCAGAGUCGAUUCCACGAGAAGUCUUCCGAGUGCCUGCCAUUGGAGACGUCUGGGUCAAUGGCCUCUCAAACGAAUACGAUGCUUCUACCUUUCCCUCUCAACUAGAAGCCUACAUGACCCAAGCAGACUAUGACAAAGCGUUGGAUACGAUCAACCAAGCGUUGCACGAUCUAUGGCCGUGCGUGCCUUGCUGGUCUACGAGCUACGGCUGUUGUGUCUGUACCUUGGGACUGUCCCUCUACUGCGCAUGGGGCCAAGUCAGCGAGGCGGAAACAUGCACCGCUCGUCAAAUCGCUCGGGUCAACCGACGCGCAUGCUUUAAGGACCGCCACAUCACAUGGCGGCUGGAGAAAUCAUGGCUCAAGCACACAAGCUGGCUUGUUAUAAGCGUCGUCGAGUAACUAACGAAUAUAUACAUACGCACGUAGUCGAGUAACUUAGACGAGCUCGUUCUAUCGUGGGGUCGCACUUGUCCAU